GAGAGAUAAGUUAAGUUAAGAAUCAAUGGACUACUUAAAAACUAAGACCUAAAAAGGAGUCUGGAUGUCAUACUUUUUUGGGGGUUUUGUAUUUUUUUUCUCUGAACCUUCUAGAAUUUGAUGGGUCAUUUUUAGGUAUAGAAAAAACAGAAAAGCAUCUCAUCAUCCCCCCCUUUUUUUUACACUAAAUAGGACAUCCUAUCCAUUGGAGGACCAUGGAGAAGAAUGGCUCCCCAGAGAGUCCCCCAAAAAGCCAAGAGUGGUAUGCUACCCUCAAGUGUGGGUGGCUAAGAAAACAAGGAGGAUUUUCCAAGACUUGGCACACGUGCUGGUUUGUGCUCAAGGGGGACCAACUCUGCUACUUCAAGGAUAAAGAUGAAACAAAACUAUUGGGUACUAUUUCCCUGAUUGGGAACAAAGUUAUAGAACAUCCCUACAGUGAAGAGAACCCAGGACAGUUCCUUUUUGAAGUACUUCCAGGAAAAGAUCAACAUCAGAUGACAGCAAACUAUGAGACCUACCUCCUUAUGGCUAAUACACAGAAUGACAUGGAAGAAUGGCUAAAGACUAUUCGCAGAGUCAUUUGGGCACCAUUUGGUGGAGGUAUUUUUGGACAGAAACUGGAAGAAACCAUCUGUUUUGAGAAGAGAUAUGGGAACUUCCUGGCCCCCGUGUUAGUAGAACAAUGUGUGGAUUUUAUUCGACAGUGGGGGCUAAAGGAAAAAGGUCUAUUUCGACUUGCAGGCCAGGCUAACCUUGUGAAAGAGUUGCGGGAUGCCUUUGACUAUGGAGAGAAGCCCUCUUUUGACAGUAACACCGAUGUGCACACAGUGGCUUCGCUUCUCCAAUUAUAUCUCCAAGAACUUCCAGAACCAAUCAUUCCUUUUGCUAAGUAUGAAGACUUUCUGUCCUGUGCCAAUUUACUCAUUAAAGAAGAAGAAAUGGGGGUUAAGGAACUAAUGAAGCAGAUGAAAAAUUUGCCAGUGAUUAAUUAUAAUCUCCUCAAGUACAUAUGCAGCUUCUUGAAUGAAGUCCAGACCUACUCAAGUGCUAAUAAAACAAGCAUGCAGAACCUAGCCACUGUCUUUGGUUCUAGUAUCCUGCGUCCCAAAGUAGAAGACCCUAGAACAGAGGGAACUGCUGUAGUCCAACAUUUGUUGUCAGUGAUGAUUGGCAAACACAAGCAACUUUUUCCCAAUGAUUCGCUUCAGACCAAGCACCCAAAGCUCCUGGGCGACAAUAACAAGAAAAUUCAUAGGAAAUCAGUGAUUGACCAACGACAGAAUCAGAGCAAGGACGCAGCAAGCAUAAGGCGCUCUUGGGAGAAGCUGGAGUCCCCUCAGAGAGUUAGCCUAGACAACGGGUCCCUCCUCACGCCGCCAAGGACCAAGGCCAAUAGUCCCCCGAAUAGUGUGCCGAGAUAUGACGUCUCCCGGAGUCCGGCUCUCACAGUUAAAAAAAAUCCCGCCUUUAACAAAGGCAGCGGUAUAGUCACCAAUGGCUCCUUCAGCAGCAGCACCGCCGAGAGUCUUGAGAAAGCUCAGUACUCUUCCCAUGGCAGCUUACAGGCCCGGAGAACUUCGUCCCUCAAAGGGGCAGGAACCAAGAUGGGGACGUGCAGCGUGCAGAACGGAGGGGUCCGCGGGGGCCUUUUGAGCACGGACACUCUCGCAAACCCCCUACGCAGCCCCGGCAUAAACUGGCCGUGCGGCGGCUCGGUGACCCUGAGGGACAGCAAACAGAAAGACCCCGUGGGGGACUUGGACCAGCCCAACAGACUCUCGACCUAUGACAAUGUCCAGCAGCAGUUCUCCUCGGUGAACUCCGAAGACACGUGGUCCGUCUCCUUGGGGGAAAUCUCCUUCUCGGAUAAUUCCACCUCCGGGCCGGACCCCGACUCCGGGGGGGCUAACUGUGAAGAUCCUGUGUUGGAGAGGUCUUCCCUGGACGAGCCCUCCUACCCUGGGAAUUAUGAAAACCAGCCCGAGAAGAGGAGUGUGGGAGAUCACAGGAGCCACGCUUCCAGCAACGGGGACCCCGCUGAAACCAGCACCCCUAAUGCCCUGCACAACCUUGUUUCCAGCCUUAAAGAGGAGAUCAAUAAACAGAAAAUAGAAUAUGAAUCCAGGAUAAAGAGUUUAGAGCAACGGAAUUUGACCUUGGAAAUGGAAAUGAUGACACUCCAUGAGGAACUGGAUCAAGAAAGGAAAAAGUUCACAAUGGCAGAGAUCAAAAUGAGAAAUGCUGAGAGAGCAAAAGAAGAUGCAGAGAAAAGAAAUGAUAUAUUGCAGAAAGAAAUGGAGCAAUUUUUUUCUACAUUUGGGGAACUGACAGUGGAACCCCACAGAACUGAAAGAGACAACACUAUAUGGAUCCAAUGAGCUUUCUCUGUUGUGUUGUGGGUUGGCAUUCUUGGAAAGAAUUGCAAUGGGGAUAUUACACCAUAUUAUAUUCAGGUAACCUAACUGAUAAAAGCAUUCAGCACUAUAAAUCCUGGAAAGAGAAAAAAAUACAGUAUUUUAAAUCAUCUGUCUUUCAAAGUAAACUAAUCAAAACUGGGCUAAACUCCUGAAUGCUAUCAUCAACUAUUAAAAUCUGAUACAUAUAGUUGUUUCUUUUAAAAGUCAACUAGAAUUGAAAGCUGUAUUUAAACUGGCAAACCAACUGAAUUUUCUAUCAAGCUUUCUUACAAUGCACUACUUUUGGAAUUAUGUUUCAUUGAUUUAUUUUGCAGCUCAGAAGUUUUUGUUAUUUGUUUUGCUAGGAAAUAAAGAUGAGAAUACUAUAUUUGUGCCUUUUCAUACACAUGUAAAGUGAUUAAAAGAGAUAACUUGUGGUUGUACAAUUUGACCAUGAACAAAAAAUUGUGUAAAUAAUUUAAUAAAAUAUAAUCUGUAUGAAAAACCUUGGGGUUAUCUAAAUGUUUUAAUCAAUUUAAAAAAAAAUUAACAAAAUUUUACCAACUCAUCCUCUAUGGAAAAAGAUAAGGAAAUAAAAAGAUUUAGAAGAAAGAAAAAUAAGUUCUCACAUUGGCCAUGACCAAAAAUUAUAUGCCUCAAUUUGCCUUCUGAUUCCUUCACUUCUCUUUUAACUGAUAAGUAACAUUUUUCAUCAUGAGUCUUCUGGAAUUAUUGUUAGUUGCAUCCAUCAGAGUUCUCACACCUUUCAAAGGUGUUUGCCUUUAUAAUGUUGUUGUUAUUGUAAUAAAUUUUUUCUUGGUUCUAUUAA